AUGGACAAUACAGAUAAUAAUAAUAAUAAUAAUAGUAAUAAUAAUAAUAAUCACGAUUUAGAAAAUAAUAAUAUUGAUAAUCAAGAUGAUCAACAACCGCAACCAGCUGAGAGAACAGCAGCAACAACAGAAGAUUUAAUAUUUGGUGAUCAAACAUUUAGACAUAGUUUCCUGACAAUAUUUGUUAAUAAUAAUGGACCAUCACUACCAUUCAUGAUUAUGUUGGUGGUAGUCAUUCCAUUUGUCGUAUUCUUAUUAUCACUCAUACCAAUGGUGACAGGCAGUUAUUAUCUAAAGUAUCAUAGUUUACUUUGUUUUAAAAAUAAUACUGAUUCAACUUAUCCUCCUGACACAAAUAAUACUAAUAAUAAUUUUAAUAAUACUAGUACAAGUAAUAUUAAUAAUAAUAAUACAAAUACAAAUUCAAUAAUUAAUUCACAUAAUAAUGAUAUUCAAACAGAUUCACUUUAUAAUGUAUACCAUAAUAGAGAUAAAAAACACAAGAAUAAUAAUAAUUAUAAUAAUGGUAGUGGUUUAGUAGACAGAGAUAAAGAAGCAUUGUAUUUAUACUAUCGAGCCAAUCAUAGAGUUUGCAAUGACUUUUUUUAUAUUCGAAAUUUCUAUGAUGGUAAAGAUAAUGGAACUUGGUCUAAUGAGACUUCACCCAUUGGUGAUGUUCCAAAAGCUCGGUAUCUCUAUCUGUCAUUUCGGGUAUUAGGAUUGACAGCUUUAUUUCCAGCCAUAUUUUGUAUCGUAGGAUAUAUACACAGACCAUUUAUUUAUGGUUCCAUAUCAAUACUGUAUCUUGUGGUUUUAGUGGCACCUGUAAUGACUAUAUUAAAACUACCAAUAUUCUAUCAACAAGAAGAAGGUUCCUAUUCGCGUCCGACUUGUUAUUACAAUGAAACAUUUUUCAAUUAUUGCCAAGAAAAUAGAGGUUAUAGAUCAUUUGAUCAUGGUGAAUAUGUUUUAUAUCAAUUAAAUAAUAAUACUAAAGAGUACUUAAUGGAAAUAGAAUGGGGAUUUAAACCAAUAUUUUAUGCAGAAUUGGGAGCAAUUGUAUUAUUUGCUUUUAAUAUAAUAUUAUUUAUUUGGGGAACUUGUAUUUAUAGAGAUUGGAAUAGUAAUUUAUUUAGAAAUCAACAAUUACAAGGUAGGAAAUCUCAAAUUGUUAAACCUCCCCUUCUAUCAAUCAAUGUAACUUCUUCAACAUCAUCCAACAAAAAUCACGAAAAAUCCAAUGAUAUGUUUUCAGACACAAGCUCGAAUAUAUCUCAAGAUGAUAAUGAUGACAACUAUUAUAAUACUAAUAAUAGAUCAUUUAAUAAACGUAAUAUUAUUACUUUAUAA